GGCAACUCGGCCUGGCCAAUGGAGAACCUCGGGAGGGCUCUGCCCCUUCUCCCCGCCCCCGCCCGCCUCUGCUCCGGCAGCGCGAGUGUUCACCGAGCGCAGCGUGCGUGGAGAUUAGAUCGGAGCGCGCUCCCCAGGAAGGCAGUUCGCGAGCUCCAGCCGCCGCCACCGUCAGCAGCAGCCUCCGCUAGCAGAGCCGCGGCGGAAGCGGGCUCAGGGGAGCGAGCCCGGCCCCGCCAGCCCAACCCAGCCCAACCCUGCCGACUCCCUCCCCACACCCGGGCUGCAGCUGCCGUCGCCUGGAGAGAAGGUGGAGGAAAAAAAUCCAGCCCCUAGCACGCGCGCACCAUCAUGGACCAUUAUGAUUCCCAGCAGACCAACGACUACAUGCAGCCUGAAGAGGACUGGGACCGGGACCUGCUUCUGGAUCCGGCCUGGGAGAAACAGCAGAGGAAGACAUUCACAGCCUGGUGCAACUCUCACCUGCGGAAGGCGGGGACACAGAUCGAGAACAUUGAGGAGGACUUCCGUGACGGCCUGAAGCUCAUGCUGCUCCUGGAGGUCAUCUCAGGCGAACGCUUGGCCAAGCCAGAGAGAGGCAAGAUGCGAGUGCACAAGAUCUCCAACGUCAACAAGGCCCUGGAUUUCAUAGCCAGCAAAGGAGUCAAGCUGGUGUCCAUCGGGGCCGAAGAGAUUGUGGAUGGGAAUGUGAAGAUGACCCUGGGCAUGAUCUGGACCAUCAUCCUUCGCUUUGCCAUCCAGGACAUCUCUGUGGAAGAGACAUCAGCUAAAGAAGGGUUACUCCUGUGGUGUCAGAGGAAGACAGCCCCGUAUAAAAAUGUCAACAUCCAGAACUUCCACAUCAGUUGGAAGGAUGGCCUUGGUUUCUGUGCCUUGAUCCACCGACACCGGCCUGAGUUGAUCGACUAUGGGAAGCUGCGGAAGGACGAUCCACUCACAAACCUGAACACGGCCUUUGAUGUGGCAGAGAAGUUCUUGGACAUCCCUAAGAUGCUGGAUGCUGAAGAUAUCGUCGGAACUGCCCGGCCGGAUGAGAAAGCCAUUAUGACUUAUGUGUCUAGCUUCUACCAUGCCUUUUCUGGAGCCCAGAAGGCGGAAACAGCAGCCAACCGCAUCUGCAAAGUUUUGGCCGUCAAUCAAGAGAAUGAACAGCUUAUGGAAGACUACGAGAAGCUGGCCAGUGAUCUGUUGGAGUGGAUCCGCCGCACCAUCCCGUGGCUGGAGAAUCGGGUGCCCGAGAACACCAUGCAUGCCAUGCAGCAGAAGCUGGAGGACUUCCGAGACUACCGGCGCCUGCACAAGCCGCCUAAGGUGCAGGAGAAGUGCCAGCUGGAGAUCAACUUCAACACGCUGCAGACCAAACUGCGGCUCAGCAACCGGCCCGCCUUCAUGCCUUCCGAGGGCAGGAUGGUCUCGGAUAUCAACAAUGCCUGGGGUUGCCUGGAGCAGGCAGAGAAGGGCUACGAGGAGUGGUUGCUGAAUGAGAUCCGGAGGCUAGAGAGGUUGGACCACCUGGCAGAGAAGUUCCGGCAGAAGGCCUCCAUCCACGAGGCCUGGACAGAUGGCAAAGAAGCCAUGCUGCGGCAGAAGGAUUAUGAGACAGCCACCUUGUCGGAGAUCAAGGCCCUGCUCAAGAAACACGAGGCUUUUGAGAGUGAUCUGGCUGCCCACCAGGACCGUGUGGAGCAGAUCGCAGCCAUCGCCCAGGAGCUCAAUGAGCUGGACUAUUAUGACUCACCCAGUGUCAACGCUCGUUGCCAAAAGAUCUGUGACCAGUGGGACAAUCUUGGGGCCCUCACUCAGAAGCGGAGGGAAGCGUUAGAGAGAACAGAGAAGCUGCUGGAGACCAUCGACCAGCUGUACUUGGAAUAUGCCAAGCGGGCUGCACCCUUCAACAACUGGAUGGAGGGAGCCAUGGAGGACCUGCAGGACACCUUCAUUGUACAUACCAUUGAGGAGAUCCAGGGACUGACCACAGCCCAUGAGCAGUUCAAGGCCACCCUCCCGGAUGCUGACAAAGAGCGCCUGGCCAUCCUGGGCAUUCACAAUGAAGUGUCCAAGAUUGUCCAGACCUAUCAUGUCAACAUGGCAGGCACCAACCCCUAUACAACCAUCACGCCUCAGGAGAUCAAUGGCAAAUGGGACCAUGUACGGCAGCUGGUGCCCCGGAGGGACCAGGCACUAACAGAGGAGCAUGCCCGCCAGCAGCACAAUGAGAGGCUACGCAAGCAGUUUGGGGCCCAAGCCAAUGUCAUUGGGCCCUGGAUCCAGACCAAGAUGGAGGAGAUUGGGAGGAUCUCCAUCGAGAUGCACGGUACCCUGGAGGACCAGCUCAGCCACCUGCGGCAGUACGAAAAGAGCAUUGUCAACUAUAAGCCAAAGAUUGACAUGCUGGAGUGUGACCACCAGCUUAUCCAGGAGGCACUUAUCUUCGAUAAUAAGCACACCAACUACACCAUGGAGCACAUCCGCGUGGGCUGGGAGCAGCUGCUCACCACCAUUGCCAGGACCAUCAAUGAAGUGGAGAACCAGAUCUUGACCCGGGAUGCCAAAGGCAUCAGCCAGGAGCAGAUGAACGAGUUCCGGGCCUCCUUCAACCACUUUGACCGGGAUCACUCCGGCACGCUGGGUCCUGAAGAGUUCAAAGCCUGCCUCAUCAGCUUGGGUUAUGAUAUUGGCAACGACCCCCAGAAGAAGACGGGCAUGAUGGACACAGAUGAUUUCCGCGCCUGCCUUAUCUCCAUGGGUUACAACAUGGGAGAGGCAGAAUUUGCCCGCAUCAUGAGCAUUGUAGACCCCAACCGCUUGGGGGUAGUGACGUUCCAGGCCUUCAUCGACUUCAUGUCCCGAGAGACAGCUGACACGGAUACAGCAGAUCAAGUCAUGGCGUCCUUCAAGAUCCUGGCUGGAGAUAAGAAUUACAUCACGGAGGACGAGCUGCGCCGCGAGCUGCCACCUGACCAAGCCGAAUACUGCAUCGCGAGAAUGGCCCCAUAUGCAGGCCCAGACUCUGUGCCUGGUGCUCUAGACUACAUGUCCUUCUCCACCGCGCUGUACGGCGAGAGUGACCUCUAACCUGCCCCCCUCCCCGCCUCGCCCACCUUGGCCCUCUGCGCGUAUGCCCCACCCUGCUCCUCCUCUGCCCAGUCCGGCUGUCCGGGUUUGGUUUUAGCUCAGCCACCAGGGGGACUAGCUGCGACCCAGGCGGCACUGAGCCUCCCUGCCGGCGAAGUGAGACAGUUUACAAAAUUAUUUUCUGCAAAAAAGGAAAAAAAAAAAGAGUUACAUUAAAAAAAAGUUUAAAAAAAAACCAAAAACUACAUAUUUUAUUAUAGAAAAAAAGUAUUUUUUUCUCCACCAGUCUUAAAUGGAAAAGAGGAAAAAUUAACUAUUUGCACCGAAAUGUUUUUGUUGUGACAUAGGAAAAUAACCAAGCACAAAGUUAUAUUCCAUUCUUUUUACUGAAUUUUUUUCCUUCUACCUGUUCCGUCUGCUGUAUUCAUUUCUCUUCUCUCUUGUCCACUGGGGUGGGGAUGGGGGAGGUGGGCUCUUGUCAAAGCCACAUUGGUGCAUGUGUUUGCUAGCUCACCUGUCCGUGAGAGUAUUUUAUGAUAUUAAAAUCUUUUGAAAUGGCUGCUUUUCAAAGAAGAUAACUCAUGGCUUCUCAUUUUUAAAUAAGUCUCCUCAAACGUGUGGCUGGCCUGUUUUAUGAAUGCAGACUUUUUUAAAAAAAAAAUUUGAAUAUUGCCUAUUAAAGAUAGGGCAAACUUGGAGAUUAUGAUGUUGCUUGGCACAGACUCUAUUAAAACAACACUCCCGUGACACCACUUCGUUUGCUCCUUUUGCUGACGUCCAAAAGCGAGGGUGGGGUGUGUCAGGAAUGGUGUGGGAUACCUGUGCCCGCUCACCUCCAGAUUUUGAGCCUGGUAUGUUCAAUCUUAUUUCUUUAUUCCGGAAAGGGAAAGAUGGUUUCUCUGUACUGCAAGUUGAAAGGCCAUGACUGCUCUCUGUAAAGUCUGUGACUUCUGCAUGCCCCCCCUCCCACCAGUUUGUUUUUGCUACAGGGGACGGCUUGAACUGUGUCAGGGUCGAAUUCCCCUUCUCCGCUCUAAAUGUCACAUAGCUGGCUGGGGCUGUAACUUGGUGGCAGGGUAUGUGGUGAGAAUGUGGUAGGCCCUGAAUUCAGUCCCUUGGACCCCCAAAAUGUACCACAGAUAACAGCAAUUGAGCAUCACAGGAACUCGCUGACAACGUAGAUGAUGCACACGCACCCACAUGCGUACACAUAUCUGUAUCUAAGAAUACGCGAUGCUAGGCUCCAACUUAUCAUCUAAGUUGUCUGUAUUGUUAGAAGGCCUGCCCCUUUCUUCUUACCUGUCUCUUCCCCUAGGCUUAUACUCAAAGUACAGAGCAGCAAAAAUGACCAUGGUUAAGAUAAUUUAGCAGGUAAAGUUGUAUAGAUGUGUUUGGGAGUUGGACCUGGAGUCAGGUUUAAAAUCCACAGCUGUGCCUCCUAAAAAUGGUGAACCGGCACUCCGCCAUUCCCUCACCUAUUAAAGUGGCGCUCUCACAACUGUGGUAAACAGAGAGCCGAGAAGACUAGUUAUGCAUGCAUGUUGGCUGUGUGGAUCUAAGUUUCAUUCGAAGGAGUCCAUUGAGUUGGAAGAAUCGCUUAAAAGUGAGCCAGUGGGGGCAGUGAGAUGGCUCAGUGGAUAAACGCCCCUGCUCCCAGGUCUUAAGACCUGAGUUUGGUCCCUGGACCCACAUGGUGGAGAGAACCAAGUCUCCAAGGUUGUUCUCGUGGCACAUGGAUGUGGGGGGUACGUGUACUUGCACGUGCUAAGUAAAUAAAUAUAAGUUCUUGUCUAUCUUUAAAUGGGACAGUCCUUAACAUGGCGUGUCCCCUCAAUUAAGGGGACCAAAGCGAAGUCAAAAUUCCUGGGCUGAGCUAGAGAAGUCUAGUGUAGGGAUUGGUUCAGGGGCCAUUCUGGUGCACUCAGCUUUGAUUUGUCACUGAAUGGUAACAAGCUCAGUAAAUACUCAGUGAGUGUGUCUCUGUAGAGAACGCCAUAGAAGUGGGCUUUUGAGGCAGGCAGAUCUCUGUAAGUUUG